CCGUCAGGAAGGAAAUAAACAAAACAAACCAAAAAGCAUGGAGACCGUAUUGGGGUUUGAUCGGCAACAACGGGGACCCUGAGCAUUCACUGGACGGUCCAAUCACUGCUGCCAGGAACCGCGUAAAACAUAUUCUUUGGAUGGGACGUCUGUGACUCCUUUUUCCUGUAUUUGGCAUACGGCGACGUUUUAUUGCAUGUAUAAUUUUCUUGCCACUGAUAACAAGGAAAAGCUGGAAAGAAGGCCCAAGGGGAGGCAAAAAAGGAAUUUAGGAUUUUGUCUGGAAGACCUGGGCUUUGAGAUGCCUCAGCCCAGUAUCAGCGGAAUGGACCCUCCUUUCGGGGAUGCGUUUCGAAGCCCUGCAUUCGCAGAGCAAUCUUUGAUGAGCACUGAUCUACUGGCAAGUAGCUCGGAUCCAGACUUCAUGUAUGAACUGGAUAGAGAAUUGGGCUAUCAGCAAAGUCCAACAGAGAACUUGCUGACACUGGAGGACUGCAGAGACUUUGAAAACUUGGAUUCCUUCACAGAUCUCUUUGAAACCAGUCCACCUUUGUGCUCCAAUUGGGAGCAGUGGGACACAUACUGCGAGGACUUGACCAAGUACACAAAGCUGACAAGUUGUGAAAUAUGGGGAACCAAAGAGGUGGAUUACCUUGGCCUUGAUGACUUCUCUAGUCCAUAUCAGGAUGAGGAGGUGAUCAGCAAAACACCCACACUUGCACAGCUUAACAGUGAGGACUCUCAAUCAGUCGCUGACUCUCUUUACAAUACAGAUGGAUUCUCAUGUCCCAAGAUGAGCUUUUUGCCAGCAAAGAAAAUUGCAUCUGCCAGGGCCACUGCUCCUGUGUGUUCAUCCAAAGCUACUGUUGUAGACGUGCCAUUGGCUGACUGGUCACAAAAGGCUGCUAAGCCAGUGGCCCCCACCCAGAUGGUGGUGAAGACUAAUGCAUGUGAAGAGAAAAUAAAUAUCCACGGAGAGUGCAAAGAUUAUGUGAAGAAAGCUAAGGUCAAAAUUAGUCCAGCGCUUCCUAGCCAGCUGUCGGCUACAGUCGUCUCAACUGAUGCAGCCAAAGAAAAUACUUGCUUUUGUGGUGCCGUGCCCAAAAAGCAGGAGAAGACAAGUGGGGAGCUCUCACUUGGACGAAAAAGUUGUGCUAUUCUGCCUUUCAAAGAGACUCAAAAACUUUUCUGCCCACCACCAAAUGUGACAACAAUUGGUGUGGGGGAUGGAAGUGUUGUUGUAGGUGCCUCAGUCUCUGACCCCUUGCAAAAAAAAGAGGAGCACAACUACUCCCUUUUUGUCUCCGAGGGGCUUACAGAGUCAGUAGUCAAGAGUGAGAGCCCACAGCAUGAAGAGGAUGAGGAGGAGGUUGAUUUUGAUGAGGAAGAUCACGAUGAGGGAUUUGGUAGUGAGCACGAACUAUCAGAGAAUGAAGAAGAGGAGGAGGAAGAGGAGGAAGAAGAAGACGACUAUGAGGAUGAUAAGGAUGAUAUCAGUGAUACAUUUUCUGAAGCAGGCUGUGAAAAUGAUGCAGUGGAAGAUUUGAAAGGGAUCACUGCUGUGUCUUCAAGGAAACGAGGGAAGAGGCGGUACUUCUGGGAAUAUAGCGAGCAGCUCUUGCCUCCUCAUCAGGACGGGAUGCUGAGACCAUCUGAAUGGAAUAGGGAUACCCUCCCCAGUAACAUGUACCAGAAGAACGGCUUGCAUCAUGGCAAGUACACCGUGAAGAAGUCUCGCAGGACAGAUGUCGAGGACCUUACUCCUAACCCAAGGAAGCUCCUGCAGAUUGGUGGCGAGUUGCGUAAACUAAACAAAGUUAUCAGUGACCUGACGCCUGUGUCUGAACUUCCUGUCAAUGCCCGGCCACGAUCCCGCAAGGAGAAAAACAAGCUGGCUUCAAGAGCUUGUCGUCUAAAGAAGAAAGCUCAGUAUGAGGCCAACAAAGUCAAACUCUGGGGUCUGAAUACUGAAUAUGAUAACUUGCUGUAUGUGAUCAAUACAAUCAAGCAGGAAAUCAUGAGCCGGAUUCAGAUUCCUUGGGAGGAAUGGUCUUCCAGCAUGGAACAGAAACUGGAGAUGCUUAUUAAAGAUACGUUGGGAUCACCAGUUGGUUGUCAGACCUCUGAAUUUGUAAAUCAGGUUUUGGAGAAGACCUCCGAAGGAGACCCAACUGGUGGCCUUGUGGGGCUGCGUAUACCCACCUCAAAGGUGUGACCACCUCCCAUCACAGCCAGCAUCGAUGUCCGGUCCUCCCAAGUCUUCUGAAUCUCUAGUGUAACAUUUUUCAUUCAGUUUUUUGCAUGUAUAUCCUCCUGUCAGUUAUUAUGGUUAAUUUAUUAUUAUUAUUUGUAGACAGACUUCAUAGUCUUAGAAAGCAAGUUAAACAAAAUAUAAGCAUACAGGGAGGACUCCAUGCAUGAAACAGUCGUUCUUCACAAGGUCAACAACUGAAAAAGCCUUGUUAUAUUUGUCUCUUUCUGUUUUAGAUUCAGAAACUGAUGCAUUAAGUUACUAUAGUGAGCUAAUGCCAAAAUUAGCUAGUGGAUGCUUUUGAGCACAAUUUUUUUGUUGUUGUGGAAGGCACUAUUUCACACCUGAUUCUGCUGGGAUUUUGGUGAUACAAAUCUACUCUGUCCACAGAAGACAUAUAUUAUUUUUUUGGUUUAAGGUCUUAGCUAAAGGGCCCAACGUCAUAUAGUCUAGCAUAAGUACAGCUGUUGUAAAAACUAGUACUAAAUACAGAGCGUCAAAUUCUUGCGAUUAUGGAAAUGUUUGUCGCAAGCAACACUAUCAUUUAAAGAAAACUUAUCUUCGUGCCUUGUACUAUUUGGAGUGGGAAGACACUUCUACAGCUUAAAGCCGUUAAAAUUGUUUUUUUCUAUGCUUUUAAAAAAGUGGAAAAAAAACCACAACAAAAAAAAAAAAUUGUAGUGUAGUGGGCAAAAAUUCCUAAUACAGUAUAUAAGUAUAGGGUAAAGCUUAAGUGUGCAAACUCCCUGUGACAUCCUUUUUUUUUCUGAAUGUACAUAGAAACAAAUGUAGAUACGUGCCACAGAGUCUGUGAAUUGUAUAGAUGUUAAAACAAAACAAAAAAAAAAAAGAAAAAAAGAGAAAAA